CAAAAAACGAAAAGUUCCACUUCUACAUAAUCCAUCAAAACCUUCAAAAAUAUCACACAAACGUUUCCGUUCUUUUAAUGUGCAAUUUAAUGCUUUACAUGAAAAAAUUAUUCAUUUCAGCGAAUAAAUCUCUCGAAUUCUCAAUAAAAAAUCGAAAUCGCACCAAAAUCUUCACCGUUAUAACUUACGGCCCAAAAGAUUUAAUCAAAAUCUUUUUAAUUUUAACCAAAACCAUCGAAUAUUUUAACCGAAUUUUUGGUUGGACCAUUUUAUGCAUCAACUUUAGCAUUUUAGCAAACAUUUUGUUAUCGUUGAACUUUAUGAUUCAAUUUAAUAACGAAAAAGCUAAACUUUUAACAUCAACUUACGGCUUUGAAUUUAUCGUUUUAAUGACAUCUUGGGCCGCAGCUUCAUUAAUUAUUGGAAUUUUUUUAACCAGCGUUGCAAAUUCAACUGUAAAAGAAGCAAAAAAUACAGCAAACGUUUGUUAUAAACUAUUAACUACAAUUUCGGUCCAAACAUCACAGAAACUUGAUGAAAAAGAACUCCGAAAUGAUUUAUUGUUACUCGCCGAACAAAUCGCGAUGAGAUCAUCUCAUUUUACUGCUGCUGGGUUUUUUAAUGUUGAUUAUACGAUGCUUUUUACUAUGUUAAGCACCGUUACUUCUUAUUUAGUAGUUUUAAUUCAAUUUAGCUAAAAAAUAACAAUAUUGACAUAAG